GUUUCAGCGUUAAAUGGCAGGUUUUGAGAGUGGGCAGGCUGGUUUCAGGCCGGUUUGAGAAGAGCUUCUUUGAUGACGCGCUGUCGUGAAGAUGGCGGAAGUUCGUUUCCUAAACUGAACAUAAGUCGCUCCGUGAUUCUAUUAGAAACUAUUUUAGGACGGAUUAGUUCGGCUUUUCAUCACAGUCCCUUCAACAGAUUCGGGUCUCAGUGUAACUCAUGCGAUGGCCUGCGGUGGAGUUAAAGCAGCUCCUGUUAAUGGCUUCCCUUUGAAAGCACAGCUUCAGAUCACAGUGAUCUCAGCCAAACUAAAGGAUAAUAAGAAGAACUGGUUUGGUCCCAGUCCAUAUGUUGAGGUUUGUGUGGAUGGUCAAUCCAAGAAGACAGAGAAAUGCAAUAACACACAUUCACCCAAAUGGAAACAGCCCAUCACUGUGAUUGUUACUCCAUUCAGCAAACUGAUCUUCCGUGUUUGGAGUCAUCAGACAUUAAAAUCUGACAGUCUGCUGGGCGUGGCUACGCUCGAUGUCAGCGAGACGCUCAAAGCUCAUGACAUGAAGAUUCGUGAGGUCGUGCAGACGCUGCAGCUGUGCGCAGACAGAGAUCAGACGGAUAUCGUUGGUGAUCUGUCAGUGUUAUUAGACGGUCUGCAGGUGGAUGAAGAGAUGUUCCUCUCAGCAGAAGCCAACAACCAAAGCACUUUAAAUGGGGAAUCAGAUCAUGCAGAUGACAUAAGUCAGAGAAGCCGAGAUUCUUCUCCAUCGGUGACAGACGCUUCCGAACCACCAUCUGCUCCAAACGGGCGAGUGAAUGGCAUGGACUCGCCUUCGGGAUCAUCCAGAGGGUCACGACCACCGAGACCACCCAGACCCUCUCGACCUCCACCUUUAGCCCCACGCAGACCUGCGUCUUCACCAGCUCUUUCUACUCGCUCAAUUCCCGACAGCAGUGAUUCAUCUCGCUCAGACACUCCGGUUCGUAACCCACCGGGGGGCGGAGCCUCUGACUCUGGUCCGCCCCCCACACAGGAGCAGCCCGGUAGUGCAGCUUUCAGCAUAGGCCCCGCCUCCAGCAGGAUUCCCAGCAUGGUCAACCCUGGACCUUUGCCCCCAGGUUGGGAGCAGCGUGUAGAUCAGAGCGGGCGUGUGUAUUAUGUCGACCAUGUGGAAAAAAAGACAACAUGGGAGAGACCAGAAGCUUUACCACCAGGUUGGGAGCGUCGAGUGGACCCCAUGGGUCGGGUUUAUUUUGUGGAUCACAUCACCAGGAGCACGACGUGGCAGCAGCCCACAAUGGAGACGGUGCGUAACUAUGAGCAGUGGCAGCACCAACGCAGUCAGCUGCAGGGAGCCAUGCAACAAUUCAACCAGAGAUUCAUUGUUGGGGACCAGGCUACAAUCAAUCAGAAUAAAGAGUUUGAUCCUUUGGGUCCUCUGCCACAUGGAUGGGAAAAGAGAACGGACUCGAACGGUAGAGUUUAUUUUGUUCAUCACGCGACCCGGUCGACACAGUGGGAAGAUCCACGCACUCAGGGUCUGCUAAAUGAGAAGCCCCUGCCUGAGGGUUGGGAGAUGAGGUUCACAGUCGACGGCAUUCCUUAUUUUGUAGAUCACAAUCGGAGAGCCACCACCUACAUUGAUCCACGGACUGGAAAGUCCUCUCUUGAGAACGGCCCUCAGAUCACAUACGUACGAGACUUUAAAGCCAAAGUUCAAUACUUCAGAUUCUGGUGUCAGCAAUUAGCAAUGCCACAGCACAUAAAGAUCACCGUCACUCGUAAGACUCUGUUUGAAGACUCAUUCCAGCAGAUCAUGAGCUUUAGUGCACAAGAUCUCCGCCGGAGACUGUGGAUUGUCUUCCCUGGAGAGGAGGGGCUUGAUUAUGGGGGUGUGGCCAGGGAAUGGUUUUUCCUGUUAUCCCACGAGGUGUUAAACCCCAUGUACUGUCUCUUCGAGUACGCCGGGAAAGACAACUACUGCCUCCAGAUAAACCCCGCCUCCUCCAUCAACCCUGACCACCUCAAAUACUUCAAGUUCAUUGGUCGUUUCAUUGCAAUGGCAUUGUUUCACGGGAAGUUUAUCGACACGGGCUUCUCUUUGCCGUUCUACAAGCGGAUCUUGAAUAAACCUUUGGCUCUGAAAGAUCUCGAGUCCAUUGAUCCAGAGUUUUACAACUCACUCAUCUGGAUCAAGGAUAAUAACAUUGAGGAGUGCGGGCUGGAGAUGUUUUUCUCUGUGGAUAAGGAGAUCCUGGGUGAGGUGACGACUCACGACCUGAAGCCAGACGGAGGGAACAUCCAGGUCACAGAGGAGAAUAAAGAGGAGUACAUCAGACUGGUAGCAGAAUGGAGAUUAUCUCGUGGAGUAGAGGAACAGACUCAAGCGUUCUUUGAAGGCUUUAAUGAGGUUCUUCCACAGCAGUACCUGCAGUAUUUUGAUGCCAAAGAGUUGGAGGUGAUGUUGUGUGGAAUGCAGGAAAUUGAUUUGAUUGACUGGCAGAGAAACACUAUUUACAGACAUUACACGUGUAACAGUAAACAGAUCCUCUGGUUCUGGCAGUUCAUUAAAGAGAUGGAUAAUGAAAAGCGUAUGAGACUGUUGCAGUUUGUUACUGGUACCUGUCGUCUGCCCGUCGGAGGGUUUGCUGAUCUGAUGGGAAGUAACGGGCCGCAGAAGUUCUGUAUUGAGAAGGUCGGGAAGGAGAAUUGGCUUCCUCGUAGUCACACAUGUUUUAAUCGUCUGGAUCUGCCGCCGUACAGAAGUUAUGAGCAGAUGAAAGAGAAGCUGAUGUUUGCUAUAGAGGAGACUGAAGGUUUUGGACAGGAGUGAGACACAAACACACACACAGAGAGAGGACGGCCGGAGCGAUGUCAGAUCUCAUGAUUAUAAACUCACACGUCAUCGUGUGCUCGUGAGAGAACAAUACAUCCCUCAAUGAUCCAGCACACCGGUGCAUUAUGGGAAACUGGGGUUUUCUUCACUCACCUGUCACUUAUUCAUUUCUACAUGACCGGUGAGAUGAUGGGAUUGAAAUAAGCAUGUAAGAUACGUGACUCUGAUGUUUUUAUUAAUCCAGCGAGAUGUUUCUCGUAUCUAAAACUCCUGAAGACCAGA